UCACAACCCGCCUAGUAAAAGUUCAAUGAACCCUUUAGCUCUACAUGGUAUCUGUGUUUGUUAGAAAAAUCACUGAGAGCUAAAAAAGAAGAAAAAAAAAAAAAAUCCAUGUCGGAGAGUAGAGACGUAAAGGUCUUGGGAGUGUGGACGAGCCCUUUCGUUAUGAGAGCUCGAAUCGCCCUUAAUCUCAAACAAGUGAGCUAUGAUUUUCUUCAAGAAACUAGUUUGACAGAGAAAAGCGAGCUUCUUCUAAUAUCAAACCCAAUCCACAAGAAAGUCCCAGUUCUUAUUCACAAUGAAAAACCCAUUUGCGAGUCUCUGGUCAUUGUUGAAUACAUCGAUGAUGUUUGGACCUCUGCUCCUUCUAUCCUCCCUUCUCAUCCCUACGACCGCGCCAUUGCUCGGUUUUGGGCUGCUUAUAUUGAUGAAAAGUGGUUCCCAUCCAUGAAAGGCAUAUCAAUUGCUCAAGGAGAGGAAGCAAAGAAAGCAGCAAUAGAUCAAGUAAUAGAAGGGCUUGUGCUAUUAGAGGAAGCAUUUGUGAAGUCUAGCAAAGGAAAGCCAUUCUUUGGUGGAGAACAAAUUGGUUACCUUGACAUUGCACUUGGAUGUUUCUUAGCAUGGCUAAGGGUUUCAGAGAAAAUGCAUGGUGUAAAACUGCUAGACCAAGCCAAAACACCUGGUUUGGUGAAAUGGGCUGAGAGGUUUUGUGAAGACCCUGCUGUGAAAGGAGUUAUGCCUGAGACUGAUAAGCUUCUUGAGUUUGCUAAGAUCUUAUUUGCCAAAAUGAGAGCUAAUCUUCCUAAGUGAUAGGAUGAAGAUACAUAUAUGAUCCCAAAAUUUCCCAAAUGGUAUUGGGAAAACAAUAUUUAUUAUAGGCCAAAUCUAUUUACGCUUUAGUUCCUUAGGCUAGGACAUGGACAUUUUGUUAUGAGAAUGUUUGUGUAAAAUAAAUUGGAAUGUUUGUGUGAAAUAAAUUGGGCUUUCUAUGAGUUUAGCAA